GAAAAGGAACGAACAGGUGGACGAGGUGUAGGAUGAUGGACCUCGACGAAGCGUCGCUUUCACGUGCGUGAAUCGAAUACGCUACGUUCAGUUCGUUCCCGUUAUCUCCUACGAGCGGUGGCAUCCGGCUAGGGGCGGCCUCCGUGCCACGAAGUGCGUGUGUAUGUUUCUGGGCGUAUCGAGAAGAAGCAAACCGGAUUGUCCACACGGCAGACUGUUUGCAGCGUGUUUAUGACACACCAACAGAUUUUGACCAGGAAAUUUCUGGACGAGCGUCGUUUUAAUGUUACCGAAAUCCUUCACUGUGGACACCGAUUAUAACUUCUAGAACGACGCAAGCAUGUCCGUGAGGAGGCUAUUAAAAUAUGGCAUCGCGGGCGGUACCGUCCUCGGGACGGGAUUGAGCCUGCACGCGAACGACUACGACAUCAACUCGGUCGGAAUUGUCCGCCUCGGUCGGGCCGGUGCGACCGUGUUCGAUAUCGCCACCACCUACAAGGCAAAGCUGUACAGCCGCGAGUGGCCCGACAAGAAGGCGGCCGAGUAUGUGCAGCUGAAAAGUGAAACCCACCGUGCGGCGGCGGAAAAGCUGCUCGACCUGUGCCGCACGAACCGUGGCGUGUACAUUAAGGUUGGCCAGCACAUCGGUGCCCUGGAGUACCUGCUGCCACCGGAGUACGUCAACACGAUGAAGGUGCUGCACAGUAACGCACCGCAGAACCCGGUCGAGGAUCUGUACCGGGUGAUCCGGCAGGAUUUGCGGGUGGAACCGGACGAGCUGUUCGAAUCGUUCGAUCCACAACCGCUCGGGACGGCCUCGUUGGCACAAGUGCACCGGGCAACGCUACGAGAUGGACGUGAGGUGGCGGUCAAGGUGCAGCAUCCAUACGUAAAGGGCAACUCGAUCGUGGACAUCAAGACGAUGGAAGUGCUGGUCAAGCUGGUCGCCUGGACCUUCCCGGAUUUUAAGUUUCAGUGGUUGGUGGACGAAUCAAAGCGUAACCUUCCCGUCGAGCUUGAUUUUGCCAACGAGGGCCGCAAUGCGGACAAGGUGCGUGAAAUGUUCCGCCACUAUCGCUGGCUAAAGAUUCCGGGCGUCAUCUGGGAGUACACAACGUCCCGGGUGCUCAUGAUGGAGUACACGAAGGGUGGACAGGUGAACGAUCUUGAGUAUAUCCAGCGCGAGCGGCUCGACCCGUACGAUAUAGCGAACAAGAUUGGCCAGUUGUACGCGAACAUGAUCUUCCUGAAGGGCUUCGUGCACAGCGACCCCCAUCCGGGCAAUAUCCUAGUGCGAAAGGCAGCACCUGGUUCCGGCGGCAGUGGCACGGAGAUUGUCCUACUCGAUCACGGAUUGUACGCGGAGCUGUCGGAGAAGUUCCGGUACAACUACUCCAAACUGUGGCUCAGUAUACUGCGUGUCGACCAGGCCGGUAUGAAGAAGUAUGCGCAGGCACUCGGAGUGGAGGGCAGCAUGUGGGGAUUGUUUGCGUGUAUGGUCACCGGAAGGCCUUGGAACUCGGUCAUCCAUGGUGUGGACAAGGUGCAACAGGACGAUGCGGAGAAAGAGCUGAUACAGAACGAAGGUAAACUGGUUCUGCCACACAUCUCCGACGUGCUGGAGAAGGUCGAUCGCCAGAUGUUGCUGGUACUGAAGACGAACGACCUGAUCCGGGGAAUCGAGACGACGCUCAAAACGCAAAACCGCAUGACCGCAUUCUGGGUGAUGUCGAAGUGCUGCGUGAAGAGCAUCGGCAGUCAGGAGUAUCUAUCGGCGUCCGGCACCUGGACCAAGCUGGCCACCUGCCUUCAGGAGCAAUGGGCCAUCCUAAAGCUCAACCUUUACUAUCUUUACCGGGGCAUCGUAACGCUGCAUUUGUUUUCGGCGCUCAAGAUGAUCUUGUAAAGAGAUUUUUUAAAGGUUACCGAGUUCUGAGAAGGGGACUACAAGUUAAUCACGAACUAAAACAAAAGCAACUACAUUCAACGCAAAACUCUCUCAGGAAACUGGUCCCGGCAUGACGUCAGCGGUUGGGCCUGGGUAAAGGGUCAUUAGAGUUUAGGCCAGUAAUUAGAGAACGCAGAACGAAACGAAACAAGCAGCCAGAAUCGUUUGCAACCGGGAUUGUGACAAGCUUUAGAUAAUGUCUUUUUUGUUGUUGUUCGCUAUCGUUUUAAGCUGACUAAUUGAGCGGGUUUCUAUAUUUUGUGACGGUGUUAUUUAUACGAUUUUCCUGAUGCAAACGUAGCUUAGCCGCCAUGAGGGAGAGUGGAGAAAAAAACUUCAUCAUUAUGAUUGCAAUUCUUAACAUGCGAAAGAAGUGAAUUCGACAGUAAUUAUGUGUUAGGAAGAAAUAGUUUCACGAAGGUGUUGCUUUUUUGCACUCUAGUUUCUAUACACGUUGUACAGAUGUAAUAAAGUAAAGAAAUCCACCUGGAA